CGAAACGAUAAAACAGUGUGCAUACACAUUGUACAAACCCGUUUGUAUCGAUCGUCUGUAGUUAACGGAGGUUAACAAAAUGGAUGCCUGACUCAGAUUAUUAUAACGUCCCUUUAAAACUGUAGUACACUUAAGAUGAGUGACACAGACAGUUCAAGUGACACAGAGAGUGCAAGUGACGAUACAAGUAGUUUUGAAGAGGAUGACGAUCUAGACAGUCCUGACUACAAGAACUGGGUCAGAGCCGCAAAGAGUCUUGAGUACCUGCAGCAAGGUCUCGCUCCAUUUGUUCUAAAAGAAGUCACUGACAAAAUCAACACCUUUCUUCAAGGACUGCAUGCUCCACAAGGACAAAUUAAUUGUACGAUAUGUACUGAUGCAAAUCUUUUGCCAGAUCAUCCAGGAGGGCAAUGUAUCAGCAAAGAUCAGAAACAGUGUUACUGUAGCAAACAGAAGAAGAAAAGAAGGCCGUGUCCAAAUGGCGUCUGUAGUAAGCUGUAUCACUUUAUUGUUCAGGAACACAGAUUGCACGAGCCUUUAUGGAAAAAUACGGAUAUAUCAAAAUGGUGUUCGGAUAUCUGGUAUGUUGCCAAAUGUUUCAUGACAACAAAAUGCCCUGCAAACUCUGCCCAGUCCACCGAUGCCGCAGGACUUCUCAGUAUUAUUAUAAAUGCCAGUUUCUUCCAACAGAAAUUAACAUGCAAGAUAGAUCCAACUAAUCCAGUAAAUGAUAUCUUCACACAGGCUAGACAGGCUAGGAAUGAUAUCCUUCACAGGGCUGAAAUGAAGUUUUCGGAACAAGAAUUGUCUGGCUAUAUAGAUUUGUUUGUUGCCGUGUUACACGACUACAAAAGUCUUCUUAAUGACCAGAACGCAAAAGAUGGAGUGAAUAAGUUGAUACACUUGAAGAACCACCAAAUUCAUAUAAGCAAUGAGGAAAAAAAGAAGAUUCUUAUAGCAAGGAAAGAAGCCUUGAGGGCUUUGAAAAUUAUUGAAGAGAAAAAAGUGAAAGCUAUACAAGAUAUACAAGCAUCAAAGGAUGAGUCGAUUCAAGCCAUUGCGAAAAGAAAGUCAGAAGUUCUUGAGGAGUUAGAAGACUUCAAAACGGAUGCCAGGGUUGUUUCCAAUAUGCAGCAAAAUGUCGAUGACUUAUCAGAGACAGCGACAAACAUAGAGGAUAGACUGAAGAUUGUCGAAGAGCAAUUGAAAAAACUUAAUCAGCCAUUGAAAAGAAGUAUUUCAAAAUGUAACAAGAGCCCAAGUGACAGCACAAAGCAUAGUAGUGAUGAAGCAAUGGCAGGAUUAUCAUAUGAGAAUAACUCUGAAGAUACAAAAAUUAAGACAGAUGAAGAUGUGAUCGAAAGUGUUAUAGAUGAAGACGUUUCGCUGAGGGAGUAUCAAAAGGAGCUAGCUGAAGAAGGAAUGAAAGGUACAAACGUUGUUGUAAUGGCGCCUACAAACACCGGAAAGACUAGAGUGGCUUGUAAAAUAAUGCAGGAACUCUUGCGAAAAAAGAAGGACGGAAAAGUGAUAUUUUUAGUUGAAAACGAAGCCUUAGCCUUCCAGCAAGGAAAGGUGUUUAGUAAACGUCUGCCUGUUUAUAGGACUAAAGUAAUCAGUGGGAGUGUCUUAAGAGAGAAAAAGCAGUAUUUGAAGGACUUCAUACAUACAAGAGACAUACUAGUUGUUACAGCUCAAGUUUUGCUCAACGCAUUGAAGACGAAUGAAAUAGACAGUCUCGCAAUAUUUUCGUUAAUUGUAUUUGAUGAAUGUCACCACACGCACGAUCUGCAUCGUUACAAUGAAAUCAUGGGUCGCUAUAUGGACCUUAAAUUGCAGGGAAAUGUUGCUGUUUCUCCGCUUCCACAGAUUGUGGGCCUAACGGCAUCGUUGGGAGUUGGAGGACAUACAGAUCCUAAAGCGGCCAUGUGUCAUAUGAAGAAACUACUAGCGAACUUGGAUGCUACAUUUUUAUGUACAGUUAAGGAGAACAAAAUGGACCUGCAAAAAUACGUGAAUAGAGCGAAAGAGCAUAUUGUAACGUCUAAAAAGAGAGUCGACGAUAUGUACAGGAACGCCGUCUUGGAAAACAUGCAUGCCAUAGAUCAAUAUAUGAUAACCCAUCCAAGUUUGACAGAACUACCACCCAUGACCGAAUUAACUGAUAAAUGUCGUUUACCAUCCACCGCUGGUGAUGUCUCAUUUCAAAACUGGCUCAGUGAUUUUAAAAAGGCGUUAGGUGAUGUUUCUUCGGAGCGUGUUCGCAGAAUGAUGGUUCCGUGUUGGGAACAUUUGCAGAUGUACAACAAAUCAUUGAUGAUUCAUGCUGAUGCUAGAAUCAAAGAUGCAAAAGCAGUUCUUGUGGAGUUUAUGAACGAACAUGAAGAAAAACUGGAGGACAACGAAACAGAUAAAAUGCUGCUCAGACUGUAUGAAAAUCUGAAGGCCCAAACCUUCGAUGCUGAACCGGAAAAUCCAAAAUUGUUAAAACUAGAGGAAUUGAUCAACAACACACUUGCCAACAACGAUCACACAAGAGGAAUAGUUUUCGUAAAAACUCGGGAGUUGGCUAAAGCACUUAUAAGCUGGAUGAAUGAAACGGAUUCUCUGAAGCCACUAAAUGCCAAGGAGUGUGUUGGUCAGGGAGUGUCAGCUGAAAAAGGGGGAAUGACAAGACACAAGCAGAAGAAUGUGUUGGAAUUCUUCAGAGGCGGACACCAUAAACUCAUUGUUGCUACGUCUAUUGCAGAAGAAGGUUUGGACAUUACAAAGUGUAACCUGGUCAUUCGAUACGAACACGUGACAAAUGAGAUCGUUCGAUUACAAUCUCGAGGAAGAGCUAGAGCUGUCCAUAGCAAAUAUUAUGUCUUAACCGAAGAAGGGUCCUGGAUAGUUGGAAAGGAAGAAAAGAAUAAAAUGCUGGAGCAACUCAUGAAUGAAAUUGUACCACAAUUACAGACUGAUAUUGAGAAAGAUCUAGUUGCUUGGAAGUUAGAGUUAACAAAAAUGCAAAAAGAUAACAAGCUUGCGGAAGAAAAACGGGAUAAAGAAUGCAAAGCGAAAAUGACUGACGAUGAGAAGGAAUUGCAAUGCUUUAAAUGCAGCAAAUUUAUUUGCAUGUCGUCUGAUAUCCGUAGAAUUCAAGGCACUCAACACGUCGUAAUCGACGAAGCAGUACAAAAGCGAAUCAGUUGGACUAGAAAUCCUCUUCCGAAAUUCAAAAAUGAUCCGCUGAAAUAUGAUGGCAGUACUUUUUGUGGCAACAGCAAGUGUCAGCAAAAGCUUGGAGGCGUCUGCGAAUACCAUGGCAUAGAGUUCCCACUGAUUUCUAUCAGCAACUUUCGCGUAGUCGACAAGAAUAGACAAGGAAAGACGUUUAAAAAGUGGAAAAGCGUUAACUUUGUUGUUGAGGAUUUUAGUCUUGAGCAAUUUGAUGAAGUUGUCGAAAAGAGAAAUGAAGUAGAUACGUAAACAGACGAAAAUACUCAAACUUACUUUUUCAUCAUCUUCUCUGUAGUGCAGUUGUAUUAUAAUCACAUUAUUUAUUAGUAGGUUAUUUCAUAAUGAAUUUUUAACUUUCCCGAGGGCUGUCAUAUUCACCGGGGCCGCUAUAUAUAGUAGCAUGUUUAAGCAUAAUUGUGAAUCACAAAGGAAAACAAUUUUUAUGAUUUCUCAAUGUAAUCGUCUUUAAGUGAGGAACAUCUCGAGCAGACUAAAGUUCAUGCUUAACUAGUUUCUAUGAAAUAGACAACAUUUUGGCUAUUUUCAAAAAACAAUUGGGUACUCAUCCACAAAUCGAGUCAAGGCAUUGCCUGGUAAAAGUUUAUAUGUAGAAGCUGCACUUGAUUCAGACAAUAAGUACAUGUUUUGUACCUCCACCUGCAAGAACAACGUGACUUUAGCGAAAGUCUUUCCUUAAUCUGCAUAUUUCAUGAUAAUAAAUGUUAUAAGCUGAUUUUUAACCAAUGUCUAUGUAACUUCCGUGACCGCUAAGUUUAACAUUUUGUUACAAUCACAAUAAGGUUUAAACGCAGUAAAUGAUCAUAAAAAGGUUUGCUUUUUGUAAGAGCUAGUCAGUUGCCCGUUCAUUAUACUUCUGUUUAACAUAGAUUUUAAACAGUAACCGCAUUCACUUCAAACCCAUGUGAAAUGGCACAGUCAUAAAGUAAGUACAUUCCCGGGCCAAAGUAAUAAGAUAGUAACAAUUAUCCCAUUUGAUUUAUGACAGGAAUUUUGGUUUUGAUUAAAUAAUUUUCUUCAGGAAGCGCCUUUCCUAUAUUUUUAAAGGUUUAACCUUAUUUAGUUUUAAAUUUCACUUUUAAUGACUUGUUACAGUUAUACGUGUCGAGACACAUUAUAGUGCAUAUACUGUGACGUAUCAUAGAUAGCAAAGAAGUCUUUGAGCUAACUGCGAUAGGAUAGCUAGCUCAUAGUUUGCUAAUAUUUAAUUGACUGCAAAGUAAAAAUACACAUACGUUACUUGAAACCUUCUGUCUUUUUCAAUAACUGUUUUCAAAAAAAAAAAAUAAUUUGAGCUGCGCCAUGAGUAAACCAACAUAGUGGCUUCGCGACCAGCAUGGAUCCAGACCAGCCUGCGCAUCCGCGCAGUCUGGUUAGGAUCCAUGCUAUCCGCUUUCAAAGCCUUUUGCAAUUAGAGAAACUGUGGGCGAACAGCAUGGAUCCUGGCCAGACUGGGUGGAUGCGCAGGCUGGUCUGAAUCUAUGCUGGUUGCAAAGCCACUAUGUUAGUUUUCUCAUGGCACGGCUCAUAGUUUGAUACCGACCCGCAAAGACGGGAAUCUUUUUUUUUUUUUUAAAUUAGGUAUCCUGUUUUAUUUGGUAGAUUUUUAGCUGAUUCUUAACGUUUUCAACAGGUUGUCUAAUUCUAAUGUUUUGGGAGAAACCAUAUUUAAAUUGUUUUAAAAUAUUUGAACAUUUUAUGGUUACUCAUGUAUAAUUAAUUGUGACUUUUAAUAUAAUCACUGGAACGUAUCUGUUUGUUUUGCUUCUCAAAGUCAGUUGUAGAGUUGGAACUUUUACCAUCAAACAUCCUGUUUGUGCAUAUUAAAGAUGAACAGAAGA